AUGCAACUAGUAAUCUUUGGACUAACAAUUAAAAAAGGCAAAAAUUGUUCUACUUUGAUUCUACAGGACGGUGCUGCUGCUGCUGAAGAACGCAGACGGAAAGAAGAAGAGGAACGCCGAAAGAAGGAAGCUGAGGAAAGGGAACGCCGAGAAGCAGAAGAGGCUCAAAGAAAGAUCAAAGAAGAAAAACGUGCUGCCGAAGAAGCUGUAAGACGACAGGCAGAAGACGAACAGCAGAAGAAAGAGGAAGAAGAACGCAAGAAACGAGAAGCAGAAGAAAGACGCAAAAGGAUUUCAGAUAUUGCUUUCUUUAAUCACGUAGUUCUAGAUUUCCUAGUUUCUAAAUUCCUGUCUCAUUUUAAAAACAAGACAGGAAUUUUUGUCCUAAACAUUGAGAUAGCUUCACACUGA